AUGGCAGGAGGCAAAGGAAAGAGUAUUGGAGGCAAGGCGUCAGGCGCAAAGGACUCAAGCACGAAGACGCAGAAAUCGCACAGCGCAAAGGCUGGUCUGCAGUUUCCAUGCGGUCGAGUCAAGCGUUUCCUCAAGAACAACACUCAGAAUAAGAUGCGCGUAGGCGCAAAAGCCGCCGUAUAUGUAACCGCAGUCCUUGAAUAUCUCACCGCCGAAGUCCUCGAACUUGCCGGCAAUGCCGCGAAAGAUCUCAAAGUCAAGCGUAUCACGCCUCGCCACCUGCAGCUUGCUAUUCGAGGCGACGAAGAGUUGGACACUUUGAUCCGAGCCACAAUCGCGUUCGGUGGUGUUCUACCCCACAUCAACAGAGCGCUAUUACUGAAGGUCGAGCAAAAGAAGAAGAAGGGAGCAGAAGCCUAA